GAGCAGUCAAGAGGAUUUUCACAAAAUUCACUAUCUGAAUGUCUUUCUGAAACGAUCCAGAGGGAUGGGAUCUCAAGACUUUUCCCUGCUUUCGUCCUUAAGAGGGGAGCCUCAAGAGGAUUACAUCCAACCCCACUAUAAGGAGACCUAUCGGCUGGCCAUCGAUCGCCUGGUGAGCGGCGGCAGAGACAAAUACCAGGAGUUCCUCAAGGGGGAACGUGUCGGGAGCUUUUUAUCAGAAGAUGAGAUUCUCUUCAUAACUGAAUAUGCAGAACAGCCACCCCCACAGAAUCAAGAGGAAGAAAUCAAUGCUUCACCGGCGGACACCCAAUCAUCCUCAGGGACGUACUGGCCCGUCAACUCGGAUGUGGAGACGCCAGAUUUGGACUUAGGGUGGCCGGAGGUCAUGCAUGAUAAUCUACAGACUAAUAUAGACCUGCUCUUUCAUCCAGCGAGACAAAACAGCCCCACCAUCAAAGAGGUGAUCCGGAAGAGAAUCCAGGAAGCAAGACAGGUCAUUGGCAUCGUGAUGGACGUGUUCACUGAUGUGGAUAUAUUCAAAGAAGCUGUGGAUGCAUCUCUACGAGGAAUCCCAGUCUACAUCCUGUUAGAUGAGUACCAUCUGAAAAACUUCCUGACUAUGGUGGAAAAUCAGGACGUGAAAAUACAACAGCUCAGAAACAUGAGGGUACGCACUGUGAAGGGUCAGGAUUACCUCUGUCAAUCAGGAGUGAAAUUUCACGGAGCAUUGGAGCAGCGGUUUCUUAUAGUCGACUGCCACACAGCCGUGUAUGGAUCAUACAGCCUCUCUUGGUCGUUUGAAAAGAUCAAUCUGAGCAUGGUGCAGGUCAUCACAGGACAUCUGGUGAAGUCCUACGAUGAGGAGUUUCGAACUCUCUACGCCCGCUCAACGGUUCCAGUCGAACUUUAUCCCGAUUCACUCCAACGCAAUGGAUCCUUCGGGCGACCCAUCCUGCCUAACUCUCAAUCUGCCCAGAAAAUUGAACGGAGGGACCAACUAAGACACACACUGGACACAGUCUACAGGAAGACCUGUGAGAGGAAGCUGGGCACGAGAGACUUUGAAGAGAGGCCCUUUGAAGAGGAAACCAACAGGCUUGGGCCUUUGAUGGACAACGGGAUCAGUGGCCUAAACCAGGUGUCCCCAUAUAAGUCCACAGAGGCCGUGGAUUUCUUGAAAAGGCACAGCUAUGCUGGAGAGAGACAAGAUGGAUAUGUGCCUCAGAACAUCAGGCCCAGAGCCAGCAACUGGAAUGUCUCUCGAGAAGCAGGGAAUGGAAUAAACAACUACCCCAUGGACAAUUAUGUGCACAUGCCACAGAUGUACAGAGGCCAAAACUUGCGUCAGUCUUACAGCGGCAAUGACAAACAGAUUACGUCAAUGCAACAGAACAUACCGUCAUUGGAGAAUACAUCAAAGUCGUUCAUGCGCACUUUGAGGAUUGAGUCCUACCUCAAAAACUCUGAAGUCCCAUACGGGGAAUCUAGUGACCAUUUGGACCAGCAUGAACCAAUGGACAAAGCUAACUCCUUCAUGCAGGGGAGGCUGAGGACUUCCCUUGCUUUCAGGUCCACAAUACCAGAGCAAAUGGAGCCAAACAGGCACAUCAACAACUCUUCCACUCAUGUCAACUCCUCCGCAGCACAAAACACUCCUUUGCACUACUCGUCCAUGCAGUGGAAUCCAACAUCAGGGGCAGAAAACAGGAAUAACCCAAGCUUUGUUCCAGGUAGAAACAACUCUUACCAGUCUGUGUAUUCUAGUCUCGGUAGACCUAAGGGAGGACACAUGAUCACAAACCCUGAUAUUGGGACUGACAGCUGGAACAAGAGGCACAGUGUGGCAGAUCCGAGAUCAAACACAGAGUACAAACAUGAGCCCUCACCUCACAUAUACGGAGCUUACACAAGGAUGCAGGCUAACAGAAGUACAACAGGGAUCAAUGCACAGAAUGGUGGAUAUGUGUCGAAUCUGAAUGAGGAUCAGAGGUCGGUGUCUCAUUAUGAUGUUAAGAGCAUCACAAGCACUAAAAGCCCCAGUACUCCCAGUUGGCAGGAACCGCCGUUAAGGACUGUGUCUGCAGCAGAUCUGGAUCUGAAUAGCAAGGAUUUAACAAGCAAAUCCCACGGCUCUCAUCAUUUCCUGAAGAAGAGCACCAAGAAAAUAAAAUCACUAUUGCACAUACCAGAGAAAAAGGAAAGUUCAAUGAGUAAUUUGGAGACACAGAGUUGGAAGUCGGGUACAAGUACAGACACUUUAACAGCUGAGGAUGAGAUGUCACAUGGAGGAGGAAGACAUUACCACAGCACAACCAGCUCUGUGAGGUCCUCCUCAGGACUCCAGAGAAACCAGCUGGAAGAUGACCAUUUAAAGACUUCGAAACCUCGAUUUGGGACUGAGGAGCAGCGAAGUACCCUUUCCAGGACAACUACUCCUGCCAGUCUUGACAAAAGCACAAGGACCAGCAAUGACACAGCAAGCUGGAACAAAGAGCGCAGUGUUGAUAGUCGCCUGUACAGCAGGUUUGAGCCUUUCUGUUCGUUGGAGAAGAAACCCCCUCUGCGCACCUCACACAGCUUUGGAAGCUCCCAGGAGAAAAUUAAAGUCCUUCCUAAAGUAGAGUUUGCCGAUCACCACCUCAGCCGGCAUGCACGAGGGCACCAUGAAAAUAAGCUGGAGAAAUUCAUUCAUAGAGUUGGAAACCUCAUACACAAAAACAAAUAGUGUCCAAUAUCAGACUUUAUCUUCACAGGCUGUUUGUGAAAAACUCAGGUAUUUGUUACCAACCAUUUGAAUCUUAAGGUUUUCUGUUUGUGUAGCUGGCCUUUAGUCCUGUGUCUACAAUGGAACUGUUUACAUUUCGAACCUUUACUUUUUUUUAUGUUGUACAGCUGCACUACUGAAUACGAUUGCACCAAGAAUGCUUUAUGUGAAUAUCUGCUGCAGGCCCUUUCACACCAGAGACUUUAAACACUACUUUCAACCUGUUUUUCUGUCUGUUCUCUGCUGGCAUCAACUUGAACCUUGUGGACCCUUUAAGUGGCAGUUGCAUCAACAUGUCAAAAAUGAAUGCAAUCUGUCUCUGUGCAGUGUUUGCAUACCACAGUGAUGUUAUUAUUAUACUCAAAGGAUCACUCUGAAGUGCUGUCUACAAGUCAAGGAUAAGGUCAUGCAAGCUAACCAGUGGCAUGCAACUCUAUUCUUUAUGUAAAUGUUUCACUCAGAGGUUUAGUGAAUGUAAUGGGGGUUGCAAUAAUUUUGUAAAACACAGUGCGUUUUUUAUUUCCUUAAUAAAUCUGUACAGCUU